CUAGACUGGACAGGACUUGGAGCAAAGUGCUCUAGUGAAAAGUGCCUCUGCCCAUGGAAGGGGCAGGGGGGACUGGAUGAGCCUUAAGGCCCCUUCCAAGCCAAUCCAUUCCAGGAUUCCAUGGGUUUAUGGCUCUGUGGCAGAGUCAUUUGGUGACAGGCUCGCCUGAACUCCAGUCGAGCUGUGAGCUCUGAUGCAGCACCACCACUGUGACAUCAGCAUCCCCACUGUGACAAGAGCAUCCCCACUGUGACAUCAGCAUCCCCACUGUGACAAGAGCAUCCCCACUGUGACAUCAGCAUCCCCACUGUGACACGAACACCACCAAGGCAAGCCCUUCUUUCUGCAUCCCAGCCGACUCCAGCCAGUCGUGGUUCGCCAUGGACUUGCUGACACGUGUCGUGUGUGCUCUGCUCCUGCUGGCCCUGCUGCUGGCAGUGACUCCCUGCCCAGGAGAGUCCAAGGAGCUGUGCCCGCACCCCUGCCGCUGCCAGAGGCGUGGACUGCUGGACUGCCGCCACGCCGGCCUGGCCACCGUGCCCCCGGCCACCCGCCGACGGGCCCUCACCGUCCUAGAUUUCACUGGCAACUCGAUUGCUACUUUGGAUGAACAAACAUGGAAGGAAUACCCCUGGACUGAGACUCUAGUCCUCAGGGACAAUGAGCUGCAGGCAGUGAAGAGCCAUUCCCUGGAGGGGCUGUUCCUGCUGAAGCACCUGGACUUGUCUGGCAAUAGGAUCCUGUUGAUUGAGGAAGGUGCUUUUGAGCCACUGCCUUUCCUGAGGCUUCUAAACCUCAGUGGGAAUGGCCUCACACAGAUCCACAGCAGCACUUUCCAGGCAUGGCACGGGAUGCAGUUUCUAGAGGAGCUGGCUUCCUUGAACCAGCCAGGCCAUCCCCACCUGCCCUGACCCACAGAGCUCACGUCCUUC